UUGUCAACGCUGCCAACACGGGAAGAUGAAUUUUGGAGGAACCAUCUAAGUAACCUGACUUUUUAACUAAGACUGUCAAAAACGGUUUCUGUUUCUGAUUUUUAGCAAUGAAUUAAAUUUAAUUUGAUAAAGUUUACUGCAACAAAAAACCCAAAUUCCAGACAGAAAAUGGCAACAGACGAGCGCAAUUUUAGGUCUAUCUACUAUGAAAAAGUUGGAUUUAAGAGUGUAGAAGAGAAAAAGUCUCUAGAAAUCUUGCUGAAAGAGAAAUCGCUGGAUCGUGGUAAGCUCGGGCAAUUUUGCCUGCGCUUCACGGUCCCGCAUUCCUACCGCAGUUUACUAUGGAAGCUCUUAUUAGGUGUUUUGCCCAUGCAAGUGAACUGCCACAGCUUUGUAAUGUCCCAGCGGAAGCAGGAAUAUAACGAUCUCCUUCACACUUUGCAAGUGCUAAGAAUGAUUGAAGAAAAAACCGCAAAAUUCAAAGUUUUCUUAGCGAUGUGGCAGAUUAAAACCAACGAUCUCACUUUCGAUGUAUCUGUCUUAUACGACAAGAAUUCUUCGGCUUCCAGCUUUGUUGCCAUUGUUAAAAGCUUGAUACACUUCUUUGAUGACGACGCCGAUAUUUUCUGGAUAGCAAACAAAUUUUACGACAACGUUGUUAACAUGAAAGGCGACAUUCCUCGACUGAUCGAAGUAACGCACAAUUUGCUGGAAAAGGAAGAUCCAGAGUUUUACAAAACUUUAAAAUCCAACGCUGUGCUGGACAACCUGCCGUUGGCCAAAUGGUUCGAUUGCUGUUUCGCCGGAAUUUUCAAUGACAAUUGUAUUAUAAGGAUUUGGGAUAAAAUAUGUGGAGGAUCCUACAAAAUUUUGGCCUAUCUAGUCACAUUUUCCUUAACCACCUUAAGGCAUCGCAUCAUUAAAAUGACCGAUGUGGCUAGUAUAACACAAUGCAUUAAAAAUAUUCCGGAAGAUACUGCGGACAAUAUUGUGAAUAAGACGAUCGAUAUGUGGCAGCACAAUGGAAGUCCCUUAACGGUACACGAUAAACCUAAACCUACAUAAAAGCGGACUUAUAUGCUCUUUUAGCGCCAGUAAUCCAACGAACUGAUAUUGUUUAAGUCAUAAUAUGUUUAUUACAUCGCCCAUUACCCAAAAAUUAGUUUUUGUUGCUUUUUAAGUUUAUUACUGUCAGUUAAUUGAGGGGAUUAAUAAAGAUAUUUUCUUAAAAUGUC